AACAGGCGGCGCAACACCACCCGUCCUCUUUUUUUCUCUCUCCCCCUCCCCUUCUGGACAGUCGACCCGCAACAACUUGGACGACGGUACUGCUUUUCCACCGAGGGCCGCGUACUUAAACUCAGCAAGAAGAAGAAGAAGAAGAAGAAGAAGAUGAGUUUGCGCGGGUCUCAGUCGAGACUCCCCGCCAUGGGUCCCAGGAGUAAUUCCCGACCGGACCUGGCCAGCGCUAGUUUCCGGACCGACGUCCCCGUGUUCGUCGGCGGCAACGGCUUCCCGGCGGACUACGCGGAAGGAUACAGCUACAACACCGUCACCAGGAGCUCGGUGCACGGCGGCGGAGGACAGAAAAUGCACAUGAGCAUGAGCGGUGGUGGAGGAGGAGGAGGAGGAGGUGCGAGUGUGGUCAACAUCCAGCAUAAAGCGGGGUACCUGCAGAACCAGGGGCAAGAAUACCUUGAGAGAGCACAGCAUAUUCUCCAGAGUGGUGGUCCAGUCCUGGAGGCAGAGAAGCUGCUGGCCAUGAGUUCAGAGACCCUGGAGCAGCUGAAGAGAUGUGCCCUGGACUUACAGCACAUGCGUGUUCCUCAUGACUUAUUUAGAAGACUGGAUCAGCUGCAGCACAUGCACGGUGCUAUCCAACAGUCUCUCGGUGGGGCGACCGUCAGACGAAGCAGAGGCAGCGUGGGCUCCAUAGAUGUUGGGAGGAGCUUCCACGAUGCCAUGGCCUGGAUUGCUCAGCAGAAGCGUCUGAUUGAGACAUCUCCGUGGGGGGAAGACUCGGCCUCACUUGAACAGCAAAUCCUUAGCCACAAAAAAUACCACAGCUCCAUCCAGAGAAACCAGGAGGUGGAUCGAGCCCGGGAUGAAUUGAACAUGAGGGGCGACAGAUCCAACCUCCACGCUCUGGAUCAAGAAUGGGACAGCCUGCAGAAAAUGGCCUACAGCCGUUUGGGUCAGCUGCAAGAGCUCCAGAGCAUCAUCGAGGAGAUCUCACGGGCCAUCAUGUGGGUUAAUGAGAAGGAGGAGGAGGAGCUUGUCUUUGACUGGGGAGACAAGAACAUUGACCAGUACAUCCCCAGAAAGCAGGAGAGCUACUCGAGGCUGAUGAGGGACCUGGAGGAGAAGGAAAAGGAGCUGAAUAAGCUGAAGACGAAGGUGGACGGCCUCCUGAACAACAACCACCCUGCCUCCGACAAGAUUGAGGCCUACAUGGACACCUUACAGACCCAGUGGAGCUGGCUGCUGCAGAUCACCAAGUGCAUCCAUGUCCACUUGAAGGAGAAUGCCGCCUACAGCCAGUUCUUCAAGGAAGCCAACGAGACCUACGGGAAGCUGCAGAAGCAACAUGAGAACGUCCGUAAUAGCUUCACUUGUGACAAAAAGACGCCGCUGGAGAACCUGACGGAACUCCUCAAAAACCUGGAGAGAGAGAAGGAGAGGAUAAUGGAGAACAAGAGGCAGGUCCAAAGUCUGGUUAUCAAGUCCAAAACCAUCGUCAGGCUGAGACCUCGCAACCCUGAGGAGAAGAGCAGCAGCGCCGUCAUUGUCCAGGCCCUCUGUGACUUCAAACAAGACCAGAGGGGGAUUUUCAAAGGAAACGAAGGCAUCCUGAAAGACAACUCCCAGCGCAGCAAGUGGCUCGUGACGGGACCCGGAGGGCUGGAUAUGUUGAUUCCUUCUGUGUGUCUGCUCAUCCCCCCACCAAACCCACUGAGCGUCGGCCUCGCCACCAAGAAUGAACAGUACUAUGAGGCCAUCAUGAGCAUCUGGAACCAGCUCUACAUCAACAUCAAGAGUCUUAUCUCCUGGCAGUACUGUGUGAAGGACAUCAGUUACAUCAACUCGCUCACUCUGAGCAUGCUGUCCAAAAUGCGUCCCGAGGAGUACCGCAGUGUCAUUAAAAGACUGGAGACUCACUACCAGGAGUUCCUGCGCAACAGCCAAGGCUCUGAGAUGUUCGGAGAAGAGGACAAGAAAAGCAUACAGGGCCAGUAUGCUGGAGCUCAGACUCGCUAUGACACACUGAUUGUCAAGCUGCCAACAUACACUCCUGUCAAAGUGGUUGACGUGAAGCAGGAGCCUGCCAAGCAGGAGCCCGUUAAGGCGCAAACCUUACCGGCCACUAAUACAGUCAUCACCAAAGUCAUCACCAAGCCUGCCCAACCCAGCUCCGCCUUAAACCUAACCCUGCUCAGCGGCUUGCAAGCUCUCCGACAGAGGCUGGAGCUGGCGGAGUCCAGCCUCACUCAGCAUCUCCAUGUUCAUUUCGGGGACAAUAGCGUCCAUGAGUGCACGCAGCACCUCCACGAGCUGCAGAUCGUGCAAAAAGACCUAGAUUCCGUCCACGACGAGUACCUGUAUCUGAGAGAGAAGAUCCUGAAGCAGCUUGAGGGGACCCCUGCAGACUCGGAGCAAGCAAAGUUCCUCUACUCUGAGCUGGACAUCAUCAACCUGAAAAUCGGGGACUUGCAGGGCUUCUCCUCAGCUUACUUCCAGAGACUGUCAGCUCUCAAGUCCUUGCUUCAGAGCCUCCUACAGGCCGAGGAUGUCAUCAAGGUUCACGAGGCGCGUCUGACAGAGAAGGACACCACCUCUCUGGACCUUCGUGAGGUGGAAAAUUACCGCAGCACCCUGAAGCAAAUGAAGUUGGAGCUGGAUCAGAAAAGAGACCUGCUUACGGCCAUGGAGUCUGACCUGACCAAGGCAUUACACUGGAAUGGUCAGAUCUCUCAGUCCUUCCACAAGUGUGACGUUGAUUUGUCCAAAUACUUGGAGCUAGUGAAUCAGAAGUCUGACCGCUGGCGCCGCAUCCAGACCCAGAUUGAUAGCAGAGUGUGGGACCUGGAAAAGCAGGAGAAACAACUGAGGCAUUAUCAGCAGACGAGCGCUUCCCUGGAACAGUGGAUAGACAAUGCCAGGAAGCGGCAAGAUAACCUGCAGACGACCAGGCAGUCUGAUAUCCAGACGCUUAUGGAUCACCUUAACCAACAGAAGGCUCUUCACACUGAAAUCAAAGGCAAGAAGGAGAAAGUGGAGGACGUCCAGAAAGACGCGGACACCUGUGCUACUUCCAUCAAGGACUAUGAGCUGCAGCUGGCCUCUUACAGUGCAGGCCUAGAAACUCUGCUGAACAUCCCUUUUAAGAGAACGAUGCUGCAGUCUCCUGCGACUGUGGUCAGACAAGAGGCAACAGACCUCCAGUCUCGCUACAUUGAACUGCUAACCCGUUCCAGUGACUACUACAAGUUCCUGGGGGAAAUGUUAAAGAGCAUGGAAGAGUUGAAGAUGAGGAACACGAGGAUUGAACUGCUGGAGGAGGAAUUGAAGCGUCACAAAGAAGACCUUGGAGAUCGCACCAGAAAGAACCAGUCUCUGGAGGAUGCUCUUGCUCGUUAUAAACUAGAGCUCAGUCAAUCCAAAGAGACGAUUUGUUCAAUGGAGGAAGUGAAAAUAACUUCAGCAAUACAAGUUAAUGCCGCCAGGGAGAACCUGGACAGCACAAACAGCCAGUUGAAGGAGCUUAAUGACAAGCUGACACGCAUCACAUAUGAGCUGGAUGAAGAGAAGAGAAAGAAGAGGCUGGCAGAGGAACGUUACGCUAGCCAGCAAGAAGAGUAUGAGACAGCCGUCCGCCGCAGGCAAAAGGAACUGGAGGAGCUCAACUGGACAAAGCUUGAUCUUGAGAAGUCAGUGAAAGAUAAGGAACGAGAGCUCGAGAGGCUGAAGAUGCUACUAGAUGAAGAGGCCACACGUCGGCGAGUGGCUGAGUCGGAUAUCUCAAAGGUAAGAAUGCAGUACAACCAGGAGAUUAAUCAGCUUAAACAGACGUAUGAAACAGAGAUCCACGUCACCAAGACCUCUGUGCUGAAAGCCUCACAACAGCGGGAAGAGGAUGCAGCAGAACUAAAACUACUUUGUGAUAGACUCACUGCUGAGAAGUGUGAUGUAGAGGAUGAGCUUAGGAGACUGAGGCUGUCCAUAGCUCAGAUAGAAGAACAGAGGAGCAGAGCAGACCAGGAGGUCCACCAGCAGAGGGCCUCAGUGACAGAGGAGACCAGGAAGCGCAGUGAGUUGGAAGUGCAACUUAGAAGCCUGGUCCAGCAGAGAGGAGAGGGUGAUUUCAGGCUAAAGGAGGUCACCGAGAGCAACCAGGAGAAGAGCAGAAAGAUCAGCCUGCUAACACAAAACUUGGAGGAGGAAAGUAAGAAAAGGAGAACUCUGGAGAUGGAGAUCAGUCGGCUGAAACAAUCCCAGGCUGAGCUGCAGACCAAAAACUCAUCGUAUGCAGAGACUGCCAACAAGCUUAAAGUGUCUGAGCAGGAGCUGCGUAUUAUCCGAGUGGAACUGGAGAAACAGGCCAGCGAGAAGGCCAAAGUGGAGCAGAGUGCUGCGAGGCUACAGAGCCGCAUUCGGGAGCUCCAGUGCUCUCUGGAUGGGAUGGAGGCUGAGUUAGAGAAGGAGAAAAGGGCCGCACGGGAGGAAUUCACACGCAGGAAAAGGAUAGAGGCUGAGCUGACCAAAAUGACGCAGACCUGCAGAGAGCACACCAUUACCAUCAACGCCCUACAAAACACACAUGAAGAGGUUUCCAUUUCUGGGAGGAAGUCUGAGCAGGACCUCAAGGCUGUGCAGGAGGCCCUGGACAAGAGUCUGAGGGACCAUAAAGUAACCACAGAGCAACUGAACCAGAUAACGGCUGAGCUGAAGUUGCUGAAGCAUCAGUUAACGCAGGAGCAGACUCGCAUCCGUGAGCUCAACCUACGUAAUGAGAGCCUCUAUAAAACCAUUGAGGAGAAGAGCCGCUUGCUGAAUGAAAAUAACACAGAGCUCGAGAAGCUGAAGAGCCUAACACAGAACCUGACAAAGGAGAGGCUGAGGCUUGAAGAGGAGCUGAGGGUAAUUCGGCAGGAGAGAGAUGAGCUGAAACUAAGCAAGGACAGUAUGGAUGGGGAGAGCACUGCAAAAAUAUCAGCCUUACACCUCCAACUCCAAAGCAGUAGCAAGAGGACCCUGGAACUCCAAGCUUUAAUCAAUGACCUGACCACAGAGAGGGAAAAGCUAAUGUUGGAAAUAAACAAAAUCCAAAAGCAAUCAGUUGAGACUUCCAUAAGAAUACAAGAAUCUCAAAGCAGCUAUAGUGAGGUACGACUGGAAAGGGACAACCUACUGAACAAGCUCAAACUGCUGGAACAAGACAAGAACCGCCAACAGAGAAUGGAAGAGGAGCUCACUCGCAUUAAGCUCUCAUUAGAUUCUGAGAUGCGCAACAAACAGCGUCUGCAGGAUGAGAAUGAUACCAUACGCAAGGAUGUUGCCUACCUGAGGAGCCAGUUUGAGUUGAAGGAAAGUCAGGUGAGGCAGUGUGACUCAGACAGAGACAAGGCUGAUCGAGAGAGAGGUUCUCUGAAGAUUGAAGUGGAGAGGCUCAUGAGGGAGCUGAGGAGUGUUGAAGAAAAGUACAAGAGCCGACUGCUGAGCUCUGAGAAGGAGGCGUCAGACCUGGCUCAGCAGAAAGAUGCCCUGGAGAGAGAGAUAAGAAAGUUACAGGUGAGCCCUUGUACCCUAACUAGGCACACACAGACAGAUGAAAAAUUCCCAACAGUGGAUCCUUCUAAACUGUUGUUUGAUGGGGUGCGCCGCAAAGUAACAGCCCACCAGCUGCGUGAUUGCGGUAUCAUCAGUAAAUCAACCCUAGAGCAGCUUCUUAAGGGAAAAAAGACGGUAGAGGAGGUUGCUGUGGACAUCCAGCUCAGUCUUAAGGGUACUGGCAUCAUUGCUGGCAUGACAAGUGGUUCCCAGGGCAAAAUGCCUUUCACUGAAGCCAAAAACAAGAACCUCCUUAGCUCAGAGAGUGCCCUCAUGCUUCUAGAGGCCCAAGCUGCAACAGGCUACAUUGUGGACCCCGCCUUCAAUGAGAAGAUGCCUGUUGAUACUGCCUGUUCCAGAGGGAUUGUGGACACAGAAGACAGAGAUAUCUUGCUGAAAGCUGAAGCAGCCAGUACAGGCUUCAAAGAUCCUUACAGUGGCAAAAUGUUGUCUGUGGGGCAGGCUGUCAGAAAAGGUCAUGUAGACAAGGAGACAGCCAUUCGUUUGCUUCAGGCCCAGGAUUCUGUUGGAGGCAUAUUGGACCCUGUCCUGAGCGUGUUCAUUCCCAAAGAUCUGGCCUUGGACCGCAAUCUAAUUGAUGAAGAACUCUACAGGGCUUUGAACAAGAAACCCAGCUGUUAUCUGGAUCCUGCUACAGGGGAGAAGAUAAGCUACAGUGACCUGCGUUCGAAAUGUAGGAUGGAACCUGUUUCUGGUGUCCUUUUGCUUCCUGGCCCAGUAAAACCCAUGACUGUAAAAGGCCUCCGUGGUGAAGUCUCUGUCACAGAACUGGUCCAUUCCAACUUGCUGGAUGAGACUGAUUUGCUGAAGCUCAACCAGGGCAAGCUAACUAGCAAAGAUAUUGAGGACAAGCUGAAGUCCUACCUCUACGGCUCUACAUGUAUUGCUGGUAUCUAUGAUGAGGCCAACGACAGAACCAUGCCCUUCUACCAGGCAAUGAAGGAAGGUUUGCUUAUGAGAGGGACAACCCUAGAACUCCUGGAGGCCCAAGCUGCCUCUGGUUUCAUGAUUGACCCUGUAAACAAUGUAUUCCUGACUGUAGAAGAGGCUACAAAGAGAGGCGUGGUAGGUAAAGAGUUCAAGAGUAAGUUGUUGUCUGCAGAGAAGGCUGUUACUGGAUACACAGACCCAGCCACAGGAAAGACCAUCUCCCUUUUCCAGGCAAUUGAGAAAGAUCUGAUUGAGAAAGGCCAUGGUAUCCGUCUGCUGGAAGCCCAAAUUGCAAGUGGAGGCAUUAUUGACCCCAAAGAGAGCCAUCGUAUUGAUGUGGACGUGGCCUAUAAAAGGGGCUAUUUUGAUCAGGAGAUGAACGAAAUCCUAACCUAUGAAGGUGAUGACACUAAAGGCUUCUUUGACCCUAACACCAAGGAAAAUCUGACCUACCUCCAGCUGAAGGACAGGUGUAUUAAAGAUUCCAGAACAGGUCUGACACUGCUGCCACUUAAGGAUAAGAGGAAGCCCCAGACACCUCAGGAGAGCCGUACCAAUGUCCUCCGUAAGAGGCGUGUGGUGAUUGUUGACCCAGACACUGGGUUGGAGAUGUCAGUGAGGGAGGCCUAUCACCGACAGCUAAUCGACUAUGACACCUUCCUGGACUUGUCGGAACAGGAAUGCGAGUGGGAGGAGAUCACAGUCAAGAAAACAGAUGGCUCUACACGCUUGGUGGUGGUGGAUAGGAAAACAGGAACCCAGUAUGACAUCCAGGACUGCCUGGAUUGUGGUGUCAUUGACCAAAUAUCCUUGGACAAAUACCGGGCUGGGACACUAACCUUGACUCAGUUUGCUGACCUCAUCAGCAGCAGAUCCAGGGGUCCUGAGAUGACCAUUACAACCAGCACUGCUGAUGAUGUGGUCACCUGUACCAGCCCUACUCAGGCUGCCCCAUCCUCCCCUUCUGUCCGUAAACGCUUCAACAGCAUCUCUAUUACCCUUUCUCCACCUGAAAUGUUUGAUGACCAGAGCCCUGUGGCAGCCAUUUUUGACACGGAGACCUUGGAGAAGAUUACUAUUCCGGAGGGGCUCCGAAGAGGCAUAGUAGAUGCUAUAACUGCACAGAGGCUGCUGGAGGCCCAGGCUUGCACAGGGGGAAUAAUUAAUCCUGCUAAUGGCGAGAGGCUGUCCCUGCAAGAUGCCGUCCAUCAGGCCAUAAUUGAUGAAGACAUGGCCACUAAGCUCAAACCUGCCCAAAAAGCCUACCAGGGUUUUGAAGAUGUGAAGACUAAGAAGAAGAUGUCUGCAGCAGAGGCAAUUAAGGAGAAAUGGUUGCCUUAUGAGGCUGGUCAGAGAUUUUUGGAGUUUCAGUACCUGACAGGGGGCCUACUAGAGCCUGGCACUGGCUGCCGCUUCACAAUCGAAGAGGCCAUCUGCAGGGGCUGGCUAGAUGGCCGGGGUGCCCAGAAGCUUCAAGAUGCUCGUAACCACCAGAAGAACCUGACCUGUCCCAAAACUAAGCUGAAGAUCUCCUACAAAGAAGCCAUGGACAGUUGCAUGGUGGAGGAGAGUAAUGGUAUGAAGAUGCUGCAAGCUUCCUCCAUAUCCACAAAGGGUAUCAGCAGUCCUUACAAUGUUUCAAACCCAAGUUCUCGCUCUGGGUCAAGGGUUGGCUCUCGCGUCGGUUCCAGGAAUGGCUCCCGUAGAGGCAGUGUGGAUUACUCUGCUACUUACAGCUACACCUUCUCUUCCAGUAGCAACUCUCAGAUCUCCAGCUCCUUUUCUUAAAAAAGAAGAAGGAAACACUAGAGCUCGGUGGUGCUUACAAGUAAUCCCCGUGUGACGUUAGUAUAUUUUUCAUAGAUUUGCUUAUCUCACAGGCUUUUUGCUUAUCUCACAAGUUAAUUGAUGAUGGUAAGAAAGGGAGAGGGAAUUUAGCUAUUUCUAGUUUGUUCAGCUUCCAUGUUAAUUCUUAGCCCAUUUAAAUGUAAACCUCGUUAGAAAAAGAAACUUAAGUGUUGUAAACUUUGGAUAAUUUGGCGUUUCUUUUUAUGCAGAGUGCAAUGCUUUUUAAAAAUGCCUAAAUGCUGAGUAUGAUUAAUUUCACGAGAUUUAAUUAACGUGAGACAUUAAGAUUUUUUUGUUUACAGUGUAUCUUUACUUUCAAUAACACCUGUCAAUAUCAUCUUCAGUCUCGUCUGAUUCAAAUUACUUUUGAAAAAUUUCAAAUAUUGCAACUUAGCUAAUGUUUUGCAAAAUUUUAGAGAUGCAUUUUUUUACACUAUGCAGUGCCUUCCUAGUGAAAAUAUUUCACCUAUAUAUAUAUAUAUCACAAAUGAUGGAAAAAAUAAAAGUUUUAUUA